AUGCAGUGCGAUCAAUGCCGUCUUCGAAAGAUUCGAUGUGAUAAGCAGCUUCCAUGCUCGAAUUGCAGGAAUUCUCGGCUCUCCUGUCGGUCGACUGGGGCUGGACGAAAGCCCCGAGAGCAGCAACGGCGAAUUCUCAUUUCCAGUCAAUAUGAAAGAAAGAUCGAUUUGAUUGAAGAACGCCUCGUGGGGAUAGAGCAAGCCAUCCGCAGCUUGAAGCGAGACGAUGACACUCCCAGGGCCGCAGAGUCAUCCCUGUCCUUCCAACCCACUCCAGUCUCGAUGAAGAACGGCACCACCGUUGAUUCGGCGCAGAUAAUUCGGGGGACGCUGGAUCAGCACGAGCCAAGCUCGCCGUUUGAAGGCAACUCCUCGCUGGCGGCGCACUCGGCGUACGCCAGUCAGUUCCUGGAGACUGCAGUCUCCAGUUCGUUGAGAGAGACGAGCCCCAAGAUGAAGGCGGCUCUCUCGACGCUGCGGCAGCUGGUGAGCAUGCAGGCCCAUCCCCAGCUGCACUCAGGAGUUCGGUUUCCGAACCAGAAGCCUCUACCAGAAGCUGGAGUGCGCGACUUGUCCAUGCCACCGAUGGAGGCUACCGUUAAACUUUUACGUCAGAUCAAAGGAUACAAUGUUUCGUCCUUUUUCAGUGUCUACUGCCCCUUCAUCUCGAUCGAAGGAUUCACCGAAAAAUGUCGCCGCAUCUAUUUCUGCACAGAGGACUAUUCGGACACAACUUUCAUCGUGGUCAAUAGCGGAUUGUACAACAUGUUCAUGGACUGUGGCUUCAUGUCCCAGAACCCCGCCGUGCGCGAAGAAUAUCGCGCGUACGUCUCGUGCUGUCGGAAUAAUCUGGAGACGGCCCUGGCAAACCUGAACCUGCUCCUACCGGCGACCAUGGAGACGGUCGAAGCACUGAUAUUAGGGUCCAUGCAUGCCAUUGAAGUCUCCAAGCCAUCCUUCGGAUGGACCUUGACGUCGACCGCGCUGCAGAUCUGCCAGACGCUGGGCUACCACCGGGCCUCGUCUAUGCAAAACGAUGAGCAAGUAGUCCGGGAGGGAAAGCAACGGGUCUUCUGGUCGGCGUACGUGUUGAACCGGGCGCUGUCGCUGCGUCUGGGCCGUGCGUCGGCCAUCCAGGACUACGAUAUCUCGAUCCCCAAUUCGUUCGGAGCGUUCAGCCUCUCUGACAGGUGGAAGGAAGUGUACUCGCUCUGGGUCAAGCUGGCCUCGAUCCAGGGCAAGGUAUACGAGCUGCUGUACAGCCCUGCGGCGCUGUGCCAGCCCGAAGAGGACCGGGUCGUGUACGCGCGCCGCCUGGCCGCCGAGAUGAACCAGGCUGUCAUGCAGCCGUUUGAGCAGCUACGGCCACAUCUCGGGCACCUCGACGAAAUCGACACCAUCUUCCUCACUUCCGACGAGAUCAGCCGGCUCUCCGUCCUCACCCUCAUCUACCGCGCCAUCCCUCCACCUGCAGGAUCCCCCGGUACCUUUAGUGCCGACUGCGUCGACACCGCGCGCGCCGCCCUCCACCGAUUUCACGAGAGUAUGCGUCUUGUCGCCCGCGAGAGCGACAAGCUUUUUCAAUGUUCCUACAUGCAUUGGACCGUUCUGUACGCCCCCUUUGUCCCCUUCAUCGUCAUCUUCUGCCAUGUGAUCGAAGGCUCCGAUACACAAGACGAUCUCGCCCGACUCACCGAGUUCGUCGCCUCGCUCGAGCCGCUCUGCUCGCUCUCGGAGGCGAUCAACAAGCUCCACCGGCUGUGCGCCGUCCUCAGCUCUGUCGCAACGCUGUACAUCGAGGCCCAGGCGCAGAAGCAGGAGGACGAGACCCUAGCCUCCAUCGGGCAGGAAUUCGAUACCUAUCUCUCUGCUUUGGGGCUGGCAACGUCAAUAUCCACAGAGGAUAACAACAACAACAACAACAACAACAGUAAUGCGAAUAAUCCGACCAAUACGCUCUGGACGAACAUGAUGACCGAUGAUCCUGCUUCUGCUGCUGCUACGGCGGACCCGGCGACGCAGUUGGGGAACUGGUUCUCCGGAAAUCAGUAUAUGAUGGGAUUGCUAGAGGGUGAUUUUGAACCGUUGGGUCGGAUAGAAUAG